AUGGCUUCACUCGCAAAAGGCCGAUCCUCGCGACGCUCUGCGCCGCGCAAGAGUUACGUCGUCGAAGAGACCUCUGAAUCGGAGGACCCUGGAAAUGUAACACCCACACCUUCAGCAAAUGAGGAUGAUGAUGAGGUUGAGGAAGAGGACUAUACCCCAGUCCCCAAGAAGACGAAACGGGUGUCGCGCAGCCACAUGAAGCUUGAACCAACGACACCUUCCACUGCGCGGCCGGCCCGCAGAUCGCGACCAUCAAUCGCAGAAGAAUCCGACGCUUCACAGGUCACAGAUACGGACGAAAACGACGAAAACGACGAAAACGACGAAAACCACGAGAACGAUGAGGGAGCCAGCGUGGUCUCGGUGGAGGCCGAUCCCGAAUCUCCCUCUAACAAUGCAGCGUUGAAGAGAAAGAGUGUUGAGGCGGUGGAAAUGGAAGAUCCCCAUUCCCCCUCUAGCCAAGCGGCUUUAAAAAGACAUAGUAUGGCACAUUCCCGCAUAAGUGGUGGUUCGAUUACGCCUAAACCGGCCAAGGGCUCACUUCCCACUCCAGAGCCGUCCGCAUCGCCAGAGCCUGAAACGCGGGCUCACCGGGAAAGUGUACCUCCUCUCUCCGAUAUCACCGAAUCAGCCGUCAACCAGUCGCCGUCGAAACAACCCGAGGAACCGAAAUCCCAGAUAUCCUACAUCAACCCGAAUUCGACCGUUUUGGAAAAGCCCAUGGACAUCGUCAUGAAAUCGAGAAAUAUGGCAGCCCCCGCCCUCGAGGAACCCGCUGAAGUCAAGCCCCGAAUGAUCAUCCAGAACUUGAUUCUCAACAACUUCAAGAGUUACGCAGGAAAGCAGGUCGUUGGUCCGUUCCAUGCAUCUUUCUCAUCUGUGGUCGGACCGAACGGAUCCGGCAAGUCCAACGUUAUCGAUUCCCUUCUAUUUGUGUUUGGCUUCCGUGCUAGCAAGAUGCGACAGGGCAAAAUCUCGGCCUUGAUCCACAACUCCGCUGAACAUCCCAACCUACCAUUUUGUGAAGUAGAAGUCUAUUUCGAACAAGUCCUCGACCUUCCCGACGGCGGCCACGAAGUCAUUCCAGAUUCCCAACUGAUCAUCUCCAGACGAGCAUUCAAGAACAAUACCAGCAAAUACUACAUGAACAGGAAAGAGACAAAUUUCACUGCCGUAACGACUUUCCUUCGUGACCGUGGCAUUGAUCUUGACCAUAAGCGUUUCCUGAUCCUGCAGGGUGAGGUCGAGUCUAUUGCUCAGAUGAAAGCGAAAGCUACGGGCGACCAUGAUGAAGGUCUUCUCGAGUAUCUCGAAGAUAUCAUCGGAACCUCAAAAUACAAGACUCCGAUCGACGAGGCAGCCACUGAGCUCGAGGGAUUGAAUGACGUUUGUGUUGAAAAGAACAACCGUGUUCAGCACGUCGAGAAGGAGAAGAGUGCGCUUGAAGACAAGAAAAACAAGGCGCUGGCAUAUCUUCGGGACGAAAACGAGCUUUCUCAGAAGCAGUCUGCGCUCUAUCAGAUUUACAUUGACGAGUGUGUUGACAAUGUUCGUGUCACGGAGGAGGCUAUUCUUCAAAUGCAGGAGCUCUUGAACAUGGAGCUUGAGAAGCAUGAAGGAAAUGAGUCCGGCAUCAAGGAGCUCGAAAAGGUCUACAAGCGUGGCGUCCGGGAAUACGAAUCAAUGGAGAAGGAGGUACAGGAUCUUCUCAAAGAAAUGGCCAAGUACGACAAGGAGUCCGUCAAGUUUGAGGAGAAGAAGAAGUUCUUGGUCGGCAAGCAUAAGAAGCUGGAAAAAACCAUGCAAACGAGUCGACUUGCUGCCUCAGAGUGCCAGAGCUUGGUUGAGAAAUUCACCGAUGAUAUUGAGAAGAAGACCAACGAGACGACCGACCUCGAAAAGGAAAUGAAGGACGAAGAAGAGGAGCUGAACUCUAUCCGGGAGAGUCUCAAAGGCAAGACCCAGGGUCUUUCGGAUCAGAUUGCAGCCAAGCAGAAGUCCUUGGAGCCUUGGAACGAGAAAAUCAACAAGAAACAGUCCGCUGUUGCGGUCGCUCAGAGUGAACUCGAUAUUCUGCGCGAACGGAGUAAUGCCGGUGCUGUCUUGCUUAAAGAGGCACAUGGCAAGAUCGCUUCGAUCGAGGAGACUUUGGAGAGCAAGCAAGCUGACCUGGAGGAACGACAAGCUCAGAAAGAAACCUUGGAAGCCGAAGUGGCGAAGCUAAACCACGACCUGAAAAAGUACACAGCACGUGAACCUGAAGUUCGUGCGCACGUCUCCACUGCCCGCCAAAAGGCAGAGGAAGCGCGAGGUAGCCUUGCUAGCACGCAGAAUCGCGGUAGCGUUUUGACUGGGCUGAUGCGGCUCAAGGAAUCUGGGCGUAUCGAUGGAUUUCAUGGUCGCCUUGGUAACCUAGGCACCAUCGAUGAGAAGUACGAUGUUGCAAUCUCCACCGCUUGCUCAGCUCUGGACAACAUGGUGGUAGAGACCGUAGAAGUUGGUCAGCAAUGUAUUGACUAUCUGCGCAAGAACAACCUUGGUCGAGCGAACUUCAUUCUUUUGGACCGCCUUCCUCGUCGUGACAUGUCCACGAUCUACACACCCGAGAGCGUUCCUCGUCUAUUUGAUCUCGUUAAGCCUAAAGAUGAAAAGUUCGCACCCGCCUUCUACAGCGUGAUGCAGAACACCCUUGUCGCCAAGGAUCUUGAACAAGCGAACCGAAUCGCCUAUGGCGCUCGCCGAUGGCGUGUGGUGACCUUGGAUGGUCAAUUAAUUGACGUUUCUGGAACUAUGAGUGGUGGUGGUACUCGUGUUGCGCGUGGUGGAAUGUCCUCAAAGCAAGUCGCAGAUACUACCAAGGAACAAGUUGCCCGUCUCGAGUCAGACCUCGAGGAGUUGGAGCGCAAAUUCCAAGCAUUCUCAGAAAAGCGUGGGAACAUUGAGUCUCAAAUUCGCGAAAAAACCGAGGAAAUUCCACGCGUUGAGACCAAGAUCCAAAAGAUCAUCAUCGAGAUCGAUAGUGCCAAGCGCAGUCUUGUAGAUGCUCAACGACGAAUUAAAGAGAUCAGUGCGGAGCAUAAGCCAUCCAAAUCCGAUGAAUCACAGGCAGCUGCGCUCGAAGAACAGAUCGAAGCCAUCAAUGAAGAGAUCGAGGACCUCAACAACCAAAAGAGCGGCAUUGAGGAAGAGAUCCAGAGCUUGCAAAGUAAGAUCAUGGAGGUUGGUGGUGUCCGUCUCCGUGGACAAAGAGCCAAGGUCGAUGGUCUCAAGGAGCAGAUAAGCAUGCUGUCAGAUGAGAUUUCCAACGCUGAAGUCCAAAAGUCUAAGAAUGAGAAACUCAUCAACAAGCAUACUAAGGCUCGCGAUGGGUCCGAGAAGGAGAUCAAUCAAAUCACAGAGGACUUGGAGAAGCUGGAGGAAGAUAUUGCAAACCAGGCUAGCGACGCUUCUGGCUGGAGACAGAAGGCCGACGAGGCGCAGGAGGUAAGCCGAUCCAACAAUAUAACGAAUGAACAAAAUGCAGAUGCUAAUAUCUAUAUGAAGGCCCUCGAAACAAAGAAGGAGGAGCUCGCGGGUGUUAAAACAGAGCUCGAUGAGAAGGUGGCCGAACUCAAUGAAACCCGUGCCACCGAAAUUGAGAUGCGGAAUAAGUUGGAGGAGAACCAGAAGGCUCUGGCCGAGAACCAGAAGCGCAGUCGAUACUGGGAAGAGAAGCUUUCCAAGCUCUCAUUGCAAAAUGUCAGCGACUUGGGCGAAGAGCAAGAGUCUACGCAGCUUCAGAUGUACACCAAGGACGAGCUGGAUGCAAUGAACAAGGAAUCUCUGAAGGCAGUCAUUGUGACUCUGGAGGAGAAGGUUCAGAACGCAUCUGUCGACCUUGCUGUCAUUGAAGAAUACCGUCGCCGGUCUGCAGAGCAUGAAUCUCGAUCUGCAGACUUGACCACUGCUCUCGCAACCCGUGACAGUGCCAAGGCUCGUUUGGAUGGUCUCCGUUCAGCUCGUUUGAAUGGCUUCAUGGAAGGCUUUGGUAUUAUUUCUCUCCGUCUCAAGGAGAUGUACCAGAUGAUCACCAUGGGUGGAAAUGCUGAGCUAGAACUUGUUGAUUCCUUGGAUCCUUUCUCCGAAGGUAUUCUUUUCUCCGUCAUGCCGCCGAAGAAGAGUUGGAAGAACAUUGGUAACUUGUCCGGUGGUGAGAAGACACUGUCCAGUUUGGCACUGGUUUUCGCUUUACAUCACUACAAGCCUACUCCGCUUUAUGUCAUGGACGAGAUUGAUGCUGCUUUGGAUUUCCGAAAUGUUUCUAUUGUUGCUUCAUAUAUCAAGGAGCGAACGAAGGAUGCUCAAUUUAUCGUCAUCUCUUUGAGAAAUAACAUGUUCGAACUUGCAUCUCGACUUGUCGGUGUUUACAAGGUCAACCAUAUGACCAAGAGUGUCACGAUUGAGAACCGAGACUACAUCGAGGGUCGAUAA